CAGUCAACAAGCCUCUCUCUCUCUCUCUCUCUCUACACUAAUAUCAUCACCAACACUAAACUAAACACUACAGAUACUUAUAUUCUUCUUCACAGAUCGAUCAGUCAUUGAAACCCUAGAUCAGAUCCAAUGCAAUCAAAUCCAGAAACUAUGUUGUCGAAGAAUCCGCGAGAGCGUCAAAUGCUAGAAUCAAUCUACUCAAUGAUUGCUCUCGUCUUCAUCCUUGUCACUUGCGUCGACCUCUGCGACGCCGCCACCGUCGUCGAUGUCUACCGCUUAAUCCAAUACGACAUAUCCGGCGUUCCUUUCGGAUCUCGUUUCGCCACCCUGAACCACCACGCCGGCUCCUUGCAUUUCGCACCCGGCGUCGAUCUUUCUCGCACUGUUCUCAUCAUUCCUGUUCGCGAAUUGAACAUCACUUUCGUUAAAGAAUAUAUCUCGCAAAGAAAGCCUCUAGGAGGAUUAUUGUUUUUGCUGCCGCAAAUGUUUAAUUUUGAAAAUAGAGAAGCUGCGACGGAGAGUAAGUAUCAAAUUCAUGAGAAGGAGCUGAUGAAGACUGUUUUGGUGGAGCUUGAACGAUUGCUUAUUCAUGCCAAUAUACCUUAUCCGGUAUAUUUUGCUUUUGAGGAUGAUGAUAUUGAUGCUGUGCUGGCUGAUGUCAAGAGGAGUGAUGUCUCUGGUCAGCCUGCUACUGCAACGACUGGCGGCUAUAAGUUUGUUGUCUCUGCUCCAGAACCUAAGAGAAUUGCAUCUCCCGGCAUCACAAACAUUCAGGGGUGGCUGCGAGGACUGAAAGCAGAUGGAGAUCCAAAUCAACUUCCGACUAUUGCUAUUGUAGCAUCAUAUGAUACUUUCGGAACUGCUCCUGCAUUAUCUGUUGGAAGUGAUAGCAAUGGGAGUGGCAUUGUGGCUCUUCUUGAAAUAGCUAGGUUAUUUUCACUUCUUUAUUCUAAUCCAAAGACAAGAGGACGGUAUAAUUUACUUUUUGGGCUAACAUCUGGCGGACCUUAUAACUACAAUGGAACUCACAAGUGGCUUUGGAGCUUUGAUCAACGUCUACGAGAGAGCAUCGAUUAUGCUAUUUGCUUAAAUAGUAUUGGCUCAUGGGAUAAUGAAUUGUGGAUUCAUGUGUCCAAGCCUCCCGAGAAUGCCUUUAUUAAACAAAUUUUUGAAGGUUUCUCUACUGUAGCGGAAGAACUGGGCUUGGAAGUUGGUCUCAAGCACAAGAAAAUUAAUAUUUCAAAUCCUCGAGUAGCUUGGGAGCACGAACAGUUUUCAAAGCUGAGAGUGACGGCUGCUACCCUUUCUGAACUAUCGACAGCCCCUGAACUCUUAGAAAGUACUGGAGGUCUGUCUGAUAGCAGACAUUUUAUUAAUGAAACUGCAAUAGUUAGAAGCAUCAAGCUAGUUGCUGAGAGCAUUGCGAGGCAUAUCUAUGGUUGCCAAGGGAAGAACAUUCAAAUAUUUGCGGACGACACCAGUUUGGCUGUUAAUGCUCCUUACAUAAGAUCAUGGUUGGAUCUUUUGUCAAAAACACCUCGAGUGGUGCCAUUUCUAACAAAGAAUGACCCAUUUGUCAUGGCACUGAAAAAGGAACUAGAAGAUCAUACUCAUGAAGUAAAUGUGCAUCAUGAGGUGCUUGAUGGGAUGUUCACACUCUAUGAUUCAACUAAAGCUAAACUAAAUAUUUAUCAGGUUGCUAGCGUAACAUUUGACUUGCUGUUGCUUCUAGUGCUAGGAUCAUAUUUGAUUAUACUUUUCACUUUCCUUGUCAUCACAACAAGGGGUCUUGAUGAUCUUAUAAGUUUAUUCCGACGGCCUCCGUCUCGUAAGGUGAAAACAGCAUGACAACAAAUGAUGAAAUUCUCUUAGGAUCUGUGCACCAAAGCUGUCAAUCUUUGUUGUUGAAGAGCAUCACAUGUAGCGUAGAAUGUAAUCUCUGCCACGGAGGAGUUUGCUGGUUGCUACUAGCAGCUUGUUAUUGUUUUGUUUUUUUAUUGUUUAGUUCAGAAUCACGAGGGAUCAGUUUAAUUCUGGUCCUAGCAGGAUUUUUUUUUUUUUUAAUUUAUCAUGCUGAAUGAGUUGAGAUUUGUUAACGUAGGAUGAAGACUUUUUUGGGCAAAGGAUGUUUCAAACAAGAUACAAUAGCCAGCAAUUUUUGUAGAGGAGCCAUGAUUUCGUGGUGGCCUUUUUCUG